AUGGGAAACAGAUUAAGUACACCAGCUGAAUCAAUAUCACGUAUUCAAGAAUCGUUAUUAUCGCAAUUUACAAAUGACGAACGUGAAUGUUUGAUUAAUGUAUUUAAUGGAUUCUGUGGGAUUGAUUCUGCCAAAGAUCAUAAUCAAAGUGAUGUUGAUGAUCAAAUCAAGAAAAUCGAGAGAACAGAAGGAAUAAAGUUGACAGAUGUUCAACAAUAUUUACCGCAAAUCGUUGCCGAUUCUUUAAAUUCCGGAUUUGCAAAAUGCUUUCAAUAUGAAUCGAUAAAUAUUAAACAAUCCACCGCAACUAAACCAUCAUCAGAAAAACAAGGAGAUUCGAUCACAAUACACGGAUUUCUUUCAUCAAUUAAGAAACUAACACGAUCAACAUUACUCGACGAGGCGCAAACAGUAUUCAUCAUUUAUCGUGCUUGUGGUUGUGCAUUACGUACGUUUGUACGUGAUGUGAUGCAUGCUUCGAUAACUUAUUGGUUUGAAGGAGCUUAUGAUUUAUCCAAGAUUAAUGAUGUAGAGUUUAUUCCAGUGACUAUUGCGGUUUUAUCCAAUGAUGACAAAAAUGAGCAACAUGAAAAUGGAUUAUUAGAAUUUUUAUUACUUGUGCCAAGUUUUUCGACGCUCAAAGAAUUUGAGAUUGAUAGUUACUUUGACGAAACGUCAUUUAUCGAUUGGUACAUGAAAAACGCACCCUUUCAAACAUUAAUAAAAAUCUUCACAAAACGAUUAUUUCUAACAGCACAUCGAUCGGCACUACUUCUCACGCCAAAACAGAUGACAAACCUUCGUAAGGCAAAUCUUCUAGCACCACAAAUAGUCACAUCUUUUCCCACAGAAUCAUUCUCACAAUUACUCUCACCGGCUGAUUAUUUCCUCCUCGUUGAUAGCCUACCAUCAAAUUGUCGCGCCACGCUACACACAAUGAUCUUCUCGUCGACUAUCGACGGAGAUAGUUGGCAUACAUUCGUCAACUCGUUGUUAUAUCAAGGAUCGGUGAUGAUUAUUGUCAAGGAUACGGAUGGUUAUGUGUUUGGGGGAUUUACGUAUGAAGAUUGGGAUGUGCAACCUCGAUUUUACGGGAGUAGUUUGAAUUUUUUAUUUACUGCUCAGCCGAAAUUGAGAGUUUAUUCAGGAGCUAGUGGAACUAAUGAGAAUUGGCAAUAUCUAAAUUUUGGUACACAGACUCUGCCUAAUGGACUAGGAAUGGGAGGACAACUCGAUUAUUUUGGAUUCUGGAUUGAUUCCAAUUUUGUCACUGGUCACUCAAAAGCCGCACCAUUAUCCUCGACAUAUAGCAGCCCAAGACUGUCAAAACAAGAAGAAUUCAAAAUUGAUCAAGUUGAAGUUUGGCUCGUUAAACCAACAGAACGGGACCCAGACACAAUACCAAGUCAGUCAAAACACUCUGUGAUGGAUCGUAAUCCUGGGGAAAUGGCGUUACUCGAAAUGGCGGGUAAUGAUGGCGCUGUGCGAAAGAUCGGAUACUCGAAAUUUGUGCGGGAACCAGAUGUGUUGCCUGUGGAAGGUGAUAAUGAAUAA